AUGGAGAACGAAUCUGUCCUCAGCACUGACCUUUCUUAUUGUGCCUCGUAUCCAGGGCUAGAAACUGACCAUCUUGGCUUUUCUGAUCUCCUCUUUACAGGCUGCGAGCUGACUGCCAGUACCAAAUCCUACACGUUUCAGGUGGACGAGGAAGAUGACUCCGACCACAUUUUGGCCCUGUCUGUGGUCUGCCUCACGGACGGUGCCAAGGAUGAGUGCAAUGUGGUGGAGGUGGUUGGGCGAAACCACGAGAACCAGGAGAUCGCUGUGCCUGUGGCGAAUCUGAAGUUGUCAUGCCAGCCCUUGCUGAGUCUGGACAACUUCAAGCUGCAGCCUCCGGUGACCUUCCGCCUGGCGGCGGGUUCUGGCCCGGUACACCUUGCUGGCUGGCACCAGAUCGUGCACAGGGAAGAUGCUUCCUUUGAGGAGGAUGAUGACUUGUCUGAGGAGGAGGAGGAGGAGGAGCUUGCUCCUAUCAUGCCAGCCAAGAAGUAGAAGGGGAAGCAGUAACUUAUCUCCAGGCAAGGUACUCGCUGGGACUUCUCUCCCUGGAUGGCUUUUACCUCGGACACCUCUUGCCAGGACCUCAAUGUUUGCUGCUUUGUUUUUAUUUUUAUUUUUUUUCUGUUGUAACUUUUUGGGGAGCAGGGGCUGCUCCCAGCACUGGGGUGUCUCCUUUCCCACAGCCCUGGGAGGCUGAUCCCAAAACUGGAUGGAUGCUGCUGGUAUACCCCCUCUCCCCAUCCCUGUGCUGGGAUUUGGGGAUGGAGGAGGUGAUCCUUGCCCUGUGCCUUUUUGCUGUCCUGGACCUCUGCUCUGUGCACCCCCUCUCCCUAGCUCUGAAAUACCCAGUCCUGGCCCCUUCCCCAGCAGAUGGACGUAAAGCCAGUGGUGGGACAGGCAGUUUCACUGAUUCUAGUGUGUUUGCUUUAUUUGCUCACAAUUUGAUGGUUUUUAUACACUUGGAAGUGUGAAACUGGGGCCCAGGCUGCGUCCUCAACUGCAGUUAUGGUGGGGUGGGAGCUCACAGCCUAUUUGUGAUUUGGGGGGAGGUUCUGGGUCAAUCUGCUUUGUAAAGAACUGUUUUUACACUCUGAAUAAAGGUCUCUCAGGCGUCAGGUCUGGAGGGGGGGUCACUGCUGGCUGGCAGGUUCCUCCCAUGUGCACCGCAGUGGGAGAUGC